GUGAGAGAGGCCCAGGAAAGGCCUGGCCCUGGAGGUGCAGGGAAGGAGGAAAUGGGUUUCGCAGUCUAGAGGCAUGUAUUUUGCCUGCCCGUUACUAGCCUGCUUUCCUCUUUCCUGUCUGUGUCCUGAGUUAGACCCACGUGCUGCAGAGAAGACCAGAGCAGCAAGCCUCCCUGGGCUCCAGAAAGCUCUCUGGCACCUAGAAGUAUGGCACUUCGGACUGAGAGGGCCUUGGGGACCACCUAGUCCAGUCCCUUUAUCUCACAGAUGAGAACAUUAUGAGGUGUAGGGAACGAGGGUUGCCCACCGAGUCCCUCCUCCUCUGUGAUCGCUUCCUCCCCCUGCCAUACGGCACAGGGCACUGUCUCACCUUCAUCCUCAUCUGUUGGGCUGCAAAACCACAUCUCUCUUUAAACCCUCCUUAAAGAAACUGUGGUCAUGGAUGGAUAUAAAAAUGCCUCUUUCGGAGCUCCUCCUGGUGAAGAUGGCUCAUGGAAAGGAUGCAGUAUUCAUCCAUUCCUUAAAUAUAAUGCUGGGACAGUGCGGAGACCUGACCUGACCCCCAGAUGGGCAGAGAGAAGCAGCACGAUGUAGUGGUUCAGAGGACACGGUGCCCGUGUUCUAACUCCUGAGCAGACCAUCGGAGAGGAAAGGGACGGGAGCCAGAAGCCGACAACAGCACAAGUCUCUGCCCACUUAUUAGAAGUGGCCGAGAUGCCACGCCAGUUCCCCAAGCUGAACAUCUCUGAGGUGGAUGAGCAAGUCCGGCUCCUGGCUGAGAAGGUGUUUGCUAAAGUGCUCCGAGAAGAGGACAGCAAAGAUGCCUUGUCCCUCUUCACUGUCCCCGAGGACUGCCCCAUCGGGCAGAAGGAGGCCAAGGAAAGGGAGCUGCAGAAGGAGCUGGCGGAACAGAAGUCCGUGGAGACCGCGAAAAGAAAGAAAAGUUUUAAGAUGAUUCGGUCCCAGUCCCUGUCUCUGCAAAUGCCGACGCAACAAGAUUGGAAGGGCCCCCCGACAGCCAGUCCGACCAUGUCUCCCACAACCCCCGUGGUCCCCGGAUCCACUUCCCAGCCCCCACCCGCGCCCUAUGCCAUGCCCGAGUUCCAGCGGGUCACCAUCAGCGGAGAUUACUGUGCUGGGAUCACUGUGGAGGACUACGAGCAGGCUGCCAAAAGCCUGGCCAAGGCCCUGAUGAUCCGGGAGAAGUAUGCCCGGCUCGCCUAUCACCGCUUCCCACGGACCACAGCCCAGUACCUGGGUCAUCGGCGGGUGGACGCUGCACCCCUGGAAGAGGGCCUCCAAGAUUUCCACCCUCCACCGCUGCCCCAGGAAGACCCUUACUGCCUGGAUGACGCGCCCCCCAACCUGGGCUACCUGGUCCGCAUGCAGGGGGGCAUCCCCUUCGUGUACGACAACAAGAGGAUGCUGGAGCGCCAGGAGCCCCACAGCUUGCCCUACCCCGACCUGGAGACCUACACGGUGGACAUGAGCCACAUCCUGGCUCUCAUCACCGACGGCCCCACGAAAACAUAUUGUCACCGGCGACUGAACUUUCUGGAAUCCAAGUUCAGCCUUCAUGAGAUGUUAAAUGAAAUGUCCGAGUUCAAAGAAUUGAAGAGUAACCCCCACCGAGACUUCUAUAAUGUGAGAAAGGUGGACACACACAUCCACGCGGCUGCCUGCAUGAACCAGAAGCACUUGCUGCGCUUCAUCAAGCACACGUACCAGACAGAGCCCGACAGGACGGUGGCCGAGAAGCGGGGCCGGAAGAUCACCCUGCGGCAGGUGUUCGACAGCCUGCACAUGGACCCGUACGACCUCACUGUGGAUUCGCUGGACGUCCACGCGGGCCGGCAGACAUUCCACCGCUUUGACAAGUUCAACUCCAAAUACAACCCUGUGGGGGCCAGUGAGCUGCGUGACCUGUACCUGAAAACUGAAAACUACCUGGGAGGAGAGUACUUUGCUCGGAUGGUCAAGGAGGUGGCCCGGGAGCUGGAGGAGAGCAAGUACCAGUACUCAGAGCCGCGUCUCUCCAUCUAUGGCCGCAGUCCCGAGGAGUGGCCCAGCCUGGCCCGCUGGUUCAUCCAGCACAAGGUCUACUCACCCAACAUGCGCUGGAUCAUCCAGGUGCCCCGGAUCUAUGACAUAUUUAGGUCCAAGAAGCUGCUGCCAAGCUUUGGAAAGAUGCUGGAGAACAUCUUCCUGCCCCUUUUUGAGGCUACCAUCAACCCCCAAGAUCACCGAGAGCUUCACCUCUUCCUCAAAUAUGUGACGGGGUUCGACAGCGUGGAUGAUGAGUCCAAGCACAGCGACCACAUGUUCUCGGACAAGAGCCCCAGCCCAGACAUCUGGACCAGUGAGCAGAACCCGCCCUACAGCUACUACCUGUACUACAUGUACGCCAACAUCAUGGUGCUCAACAACCUUCGCAGGGAACGGGGCCUGAGCACGUUCCUGUUCCGGCCUCACUGCGGGGAGGCUGGCUCCAUCACCCACCUGGUGUCUGCUUUCCUGACAGCUGACAACAUUUCCCACGGGCUUCUCCUCAAGAAGAGCCCGGUGUUGCAGUAUCUCUACUACCUUGCUCAGAUUCCCAUUGCCAUGUCUCCUCUGAGCAACAACAGUCUGUUCCUCGAAUAUUCCAAAAACCCUCUGAGGGAAUUCUUGCACAAGGGACUGCAUGUUUCUCUCUCCACCGACGACCCCAUGCAGUUCCACUACACGAAGGAAGCACUUAUGGAAGAAUACGCGAUUGCGGCUCAAGUGUGGAAGCUGAGCACGUGUGACCUGUGUGAGAUCGCCCGGAACAGCGUGCUGCAGAGUGGCCUCUCCCAUCAGGAAAAGCAAAAAUUUCUGGGACAAAAUUAUUACAAAGAAGGACCUGAAGGAAAUGAUAUUCGAAAGACAAAUGUAGCUCAGAUUCGGAUGGCAUUCCGAUACGAGACCUUGUGCAAUGAGCUCAGCUUCCUGUCUGAUGCCAUGAAAUCGGAAGAGAUCACAGCCCUAACCACAUAGGUCGAGCACUGGAUGUGCAUUUUAACCUGUUGGUUUAAUUUCAAGUCUGCUGUGAUUAACAGUGGGUCAAGGUACCAAAUGAGGACUUUUCCUCCAAGGAGAGGAUGCCUCUGAACUUUCAAACUAGUGAUUUUGGUUGCACUGUUCACUUUAAGGCCUCAUAUGCCCACUUUUCUUAAUUUUUUUGAGUAAUAGAUGGUGACUCCUCCAUGGGGAUCUGGGAGCUGGACACUCGUCUGUACUCAUUCCUAAUUUUCCAAAUACUUCUCUUGAAAGUGCUAAUGCUUGCAUUAGGGCCAGGAUCUUACAUGGUCCAGUGCCCAGUGACAUGCAGUCUGUGUGGUUUUCUGCUGUAGUCCUCUGUAGACCCUGCAGGCUAGUUGUAAUUGUUCAUUUCAGCCUCUGACAGGCUGGCUGCCUUAAAAUCUAUUUCAGAGCUCCUUUUCAUAAAAGAGCUACUUUGAAUUAGAAAACUUCCUUCUUGAUAAUUUGCAUUUUUAAUGAAUUUAAAAAACUUUUAUUUAGCCCUCCUCCCUUUCUAUUUAGGAAACCGAAUGUUCACAUUGACACAAUCACUCCUGUUCAGUGUCUUGGUUUCCGCAUUUGAAAAGUGAGGGUUUGGACUAGGUGGGUGGUUUUUCCCCUCCCUGACCAUUUCUGGGCAGGGGUGGGCAGGGGGAGGGGGGCACUGCUUUUACUGCUUCAAGGCAACUCCGCUUUCAUCAUUAGCUUUAAAUGGGGACUUCUACGUAUUUACAUUUGAAUUAAGGACUUUUUGGGAAGUAUAGGACUAGAUCUCUAUUCCUUUUGGCUUGAAUAUUCUAUGACUGUAGCCAGAUUAUCACUUUACCUAUGAGGAGUUAGGGCCAGAGAAGUGAAAUUUGCUUAAGGUCACACAGUUCUAGUAAGUAAUAGGACUAGAACUAGGUUUCUCCAAUCCUAAUCCAGUCCUUCCCACUAUUCCAUCAGGCCUCACAAAUCUAGAUUUUGUAAUCCCUGCAACCUGGGGCAUUUUUUCCCCGAAGGUGAAAUCCCUCCUUUACCUAAUACACAGACUUCUUCAGAAAAUACAAGCCAUCCCAGGGGCCAGGUAGAAAACAUUUUUUUAAGACCACUCUGAAUUUAAGCUUUACCAACAUAUUCUUCAUCUGUUACUAGUGCCUGGUACAUAGUAGGUGCUCAAUAAAUGUAUAUUAAAUAACUUGAAUGAAUUUCCUCCUCUGGCACCUUUUUAAGGAUUGUGCUCCUAGUACUCAGCAAGGACUUUCCUUGUCUGUGUAGACUGUGGGAAAAUGCAGACUCUGGGAAGCCCUUCUAAAUCGUUACAGAGUUCGAAGAACCCCAUUUUUGUCUGUGAAAAUGCUUACUUGACUUCAGAUUGUCUUGUCUUGUUACUUUAUAACGCUUGUCCCCUCUACUGGUCAACUUAGCAUUUGGAACAAUAAACGUAGUCUAUUUACUAGGCAAACAUGCUAUCUUAUAGCUAAUUAUGAAAUUGAAUGAAAACUAAGCACUUACCUUAGGCAUUCAUUAUUUUUGAAAAGCUCCCAUUUGUAUACAUUUGCCCUAACAUAGCAAGUAUCGUACAGUUUUUCAUUGUCAUUUUACCUGUAUCAAGUAAUUAUUGAAUAAAGUCUGUUAGGACUGUGGCUCAAUUUAAUACUAUUUUAAGCUGAUACUAUUUUAAGGCAAAUCUUUAAAUUUUUUAACUUUAAGAUAGGCAUCAUGAAAAGCUAUCAAUAAUAACUAUUAAUUUAUCUUUUACUAAGACUCAGACAUGGAUGACACUCAACUAGGAAAACUCAAAUUUUGAACUGAAGCUCACUAGACCCAGAAGGGUAAACCUUUGCUCUUUCUCUCUAACUUUUGCUGUUACGGUUCAUGAGCAAAGCCACACAAGGUCAUUUCCUUUACCCCGCAUAUAACAUCUGUCUGUUCAGACACACCUGUUGGAUUUUAUCUGUCCUGAAGGCUUUUCAGCCACCUUUUUGUAUAGCAUUUUGCACUAUUACAUCAUUGUACCUAAUUGCCCUGUAUGGGUGAAGCUCUAUUUUCUUUUGUGAUCACAACUGGAAUCAAAGCCAAUAGUACACUAGUCCACAUUUCUAAAAGAACAAUUUUUGAGGCAUGUUAUCUCCUUGCUUACUCUAAAAGGCUCAAGUGCACGUUAUAUAUUACUCCAAACUGCACUGCUGAAAUGAUCAAUGUUACAGUUCACUGCCUCAUGAAAACAAACCACACCUCCUAAGCUGAUAUUCACCAAGGCCUAUCCUGGGCCUUUACUUUCUCUUACCUUGGAUAAAGCAGAGUUGAAAGCAUA